AUGAGUCCUGAUGAAGAUAAAAAGCCUGUGGUACCUCGGGAGAUAUCAGAUGUUUCUGAGGUUAUCAUAGGAUGUAAAUGCUGGGUUGAAAAAGAUGGAGUGGAGAGACUGGCUGAGAUUUUAAGCAUAAAUAGUCGUAAAAGUCCGCCCAAGUUUUAUGUGCAUUACGAGGACUUUAACAAACGGUUGGACGAGUGGGUUUUGACUCCACGGAUCAACCUAUCCAAGGAAGUCUUCUUCCCACAAUUGGAGAAUGGUAAAGAGACAGAAGCAGAUAAAGCAAACAAUAAGAAGAAGCAGAAGCAGAAGAAACCUUCAGCGGCCAACGAAGAACCCGCACAAGGUGAGAAUCAAGAUGGUGCCGAUAUCAUGGACCUGGACUCCUUAAAUGUCCAAGGUAUAAAUGAAGAAGAAAUAUCGCGCGACGACGAGAUCAAAAAGCUUCGAACCUCCGGAUCCAUGGUACAAAACUCGCACGAAGUGGCCAGAGUUAGAAAUUUAACCAAGAUUAUAAUGGGAAAAUACGAGAUUGAACCAUGGUAUUUCUCCCCAUACCCCAUUGAGCUUACAGACGAGGAUGAAGUCUACAUCGAUGCGUUCACACUUCAAUAUUUCGGUUCCAAGAAACAGUAUCAACGAUACCGCUCCAAGUGUACUCUGCGACAUCCCCCGGGAAACGAGAUUUACAGAGACGACUACGUGUCUUUUUUUGAGAUCGAUGGAAGGAAGCAACGAACCUGGUGUAGAAAUCUAUGUCUGUUUUCUAAGCUGUUCCUGGAUCAUAAGACGUUGUACUAUGAUGUUGACCCAUUUUUAUUCUACUGCAUGACUAGACGAGAUGAAUUAGGACACCACCUAGUCGGCUAUUUUUCUAAAGAGAAGGAAUCCACUGAAAAUUAUAACGUGGCAUGUAUUUUGACACUUCCUCAAUACCAAAGAAUGGGUUAUGGGAGACUUCUAAUUGAAUUUUCCUAUGAACUUUCCAAGAAAGAGGGCAAGCCAGGUUCUCCAGAAAAACCUUUGUCGGACUUGGGGCUGUUAUCCUACAGGGCAUACUGGGCAGAUACCUUGAUCAAGUUGCUAAUGAAUCAUGGUGCCGAAAUCACCAUAGAUGAGAUCAGUUCUCUCACAUCCAUGACAACAACUGAUAUUCUGCAUACUUCAAAAGCUCUUAAUAUUCUGCAGUACUACAAAGGCCAACAUAUUAUUUACAUGAACGAAGAUGUUGCUCAGCGAUACGAAAAGAUUAGAGAAAAGAAAGGGCGACGAAAUAUAGAUCCUGCAAAAUUGAUUUGGAAGCCACCUGUAUUUACAGCUUCGCAAUUAAGAUUUGCGUGGUAG